AUGUCAAAUUCAACUAGCAAUCCGUUAGCACAUAAUCCAGAGUCACAAGGCGACCUUUGGGUGAAAGUUACCAUUCCAAUUUACGUAGUGACGCUUGGAAUCGUUUGUCUACGACUAUGGUGGCGACGAAGCAUGGCUGGGAAGUUUGCUAAGACAGAUAUCUUCGUUGUGGUGUCGCUUCUCUGUGCUCUUGUUCAACAGGUACUCGGAUGCAUUGCAAUCCUGAAAUGGGGACUCGGUCACCACGCCGCCUACAUUGGCCGCUACAAAACCGGAAAAGCAAUGAUGUAUUUCUACAUCUACCAGAUCUUCUACAAAAUCCUCGUCGGAACCACAAAAUUAUCCUUCAUCGCUCUCUAUCUCGAUCUUUUCCCCACACGCGCCUUCCGCAUAACCUGCCACGUCGUUCAAGGCACCAUCUACUGCGCCAUAGUAGCGUUCGUCUUCGGUACGAUGUUUCAAUGUACACCAAUCCCGUAUUUUUGGAACAGAAACAUCAAAGGCGGGAAGUGCAUUGAUACAGCGGCUUUUUGGUACGGACAUGCGGCAUGGAAUACUAUCAUGGAUGUUAUUGUGCUUUUGUUGCCUGUGCCGGUCAUUAGGUCUUUGCGUAUUGGAAGGACUCAAAAGAUUGCCGUGUUGGGUGUCUUUGGAUUGGGAGCAUUUGUGAUCGUAGCAUCAGUAAUGCGCAUGAUAGCCCUAAACCCAGCUUCGAAAGUAACCCAAGCAGACAUGACAUACGUCAUCUCUACCAGCAACGCUCUCCUGUGGACACAAGUAGAGUCAUGCGUUGCUAUUAUUUGUGUCUGUCUCCCUACGCUCAAGGGACUGAUUGCAAAGGUUAUCCCAAAUCUCUUCUCAACCAAAGGUCGCUCCACAAAAGAAAGUUACCAUCUCAAGGAGAUUGAAAACAGUUGGAGAGCCAAAGUGGGCAAGAGCGUAAGAAUGAACGAUAGUGCGAGUCAGGAGAGUAUUUUUGGGAUUAAGAAAACUGUUAUGGUUGAGGUGGAUACAGAGGAGGGACACACCAUUGAUUCUCGAGAGAUCUUUGGGGAUGCAAAUCGUGUUUGA